UACUUCCUGAAUCAGGGUUAGCUUGCUGCUGGCUUUCAUUGUAGCAUGUAAAUGUGAGCGGAGGACUCAUACAAGGAGCGAGAAGUGAUUUUCCGGCGAAACAAACAAAAGGAAGACUUUUGGUUACUUUUUGCCUUGGCAACAUGGAUUACUGGAGUGCCUUGGAGGUUUACAAGGAGAUGCUGCUGCUGUACCUGGAGGAAGGCCGGCGGCAGGUCAACUCACGCUGCGCCGACCUGGAGCCGUGGCAAAUCAUCGGAGCAUCUGUCAUCACCACACUGGGAGCUCUCUGGGUCAAAGGCUUCCUCUUCCAGCAAGAAAGUCUCACAUCCCGAAUAAAGAGGCAGUGUUUUCGACUCAUCAGAAAAAUCCCUUUUGUUGGCACGAGUAUCCAGAAGCAGCUGAACAAGGCUUUGGAUGACAUGUCUGUCAGUGUCUGUAAUCUGAAGGAGGGGAUGAGCUACACUAAAGAGCUGCCCUCUAAAGGUCUCUCUCAGAGCCAAGUGAUGGACAAAAUCAAAGAAUAUCAGACCCUGAAUGAGGUAAAGUGGGAGAAAGGAUGUGUUUCUGGUGCAGUGUACUGGGGUGAUGAGACACUGACCAAACUCCUGGUGAAGGUAUAUGGAGAUUUUGCAUGGAGCAACCCGCUUCACCCAGACAUUUUUCCUGGAGUCAGGAAGAUGGAAGCUGAAGUAGUCAGAAUGUCUUGUACACUUUUCCACGGUGGACCCAACUCCUGUGGGACAGUCACUUCAGGUGGAACUGAGAGUAUACUAAUGGCCUGCAAAGCAUACAGGGACAUGGCAUAUGAACGCGGUGUCAAAUACCCUGAAAUUCUUGCACCUGUGAGCGUUCAUGCAGCUUUUGACAAAGCAGCACAUUACUUUGGGAUGAAGCUUGUUCACAUUCCCCUUGAGAAGAAAACCAUGAAAGUAGAUGUAAAGGCUAUGAGGAGAGCCAUCAGCAAGAACACAGCCAUGCUCGUCUGCUCGGCACCUCAGUUUCCUCAUGGGAUCAUGGACCCUGUUGAGGAAGUAGCCAAGCUGGCUGUACGCUACAAUGUCCCGCUGCAUGUGGAUGCCUGUCUGGGUGGUUUUCUCAUCGUAUUCAUGGCCAAGGCUGGUUACACACUAGCUCCAUUUGACUUCAGGGUAAAGGGUGUUACUAGCAUCUCUGCAGACACCCACAAGUAUGGUUAUGCCCCCAAAGGCUCCUCCGUAAUCCUUUAUAGUGAUAAAAAGUACCGUCAGUACCAGUACUUUGUAGCUCCAGACUGGCAGGGGGGAAUUUAUGCCUCACCUUCCAUAGCGGGCUCCAGGCCAGGAGGAAUCAUCGCUGCCUGCUGGGCAACCAUGAUGCACAUGGGAGAGAGUGGAUAUGUGGAUGCAACUAGGAAGAUUGUUAGCACUGCACGCAAGAUCAAAACAGAAUUACGGAAGAUAAAAGGAAUGUUUGUGUUUGGGGAUCCAGAAGUGUCAGUGGUGGCAAUUGGCUCAGAUGUUUUUGAUAUUUUCCGCCUCUCAAAUGCACUGACGUCAAAGGGCUGGAAUCUGAACACGCUGCAGUACCCCUCAAGCAUACACAUUUGUUGCACGCUUUUGCACACCCAGCCAGGCGUGGCGGAGCACUUUAUUCGUGACGUCAAAGAGCAAGUCGCCAUCAUCAUGAAGAAUCCCAAAGAGAAAACCACAGGAAUGGGAGCCAUCUACGGCAUGGCCCAGUCCAUCCCGGACAGAUCCAUGGUGACUGAGAUCUCCCGAGGUUUCCUGGACUGCCUCUAUAGCACUGAGGUGCCCAAGUCAAACACCAACCAUAUGAAUGGCAACGGCAAAGCCCACUGAAAAGGGAUACAGCCUUCCUAACCUGAACCCCCUGCAGGGAAACACGCUCGCUGCCUCUCUGAGUUCCGAGUUAAUUGCUCAACGGUUGCCUUAUCUCACAUACUGUAUAGAAAACAUCUGCAAAGCUCUUAAAAGCACAAGCCAUCAUCAUUUUAAUCAGCCCAGAGGGAAACUGCUUCUACCAACUGUGCCUGCAUGGCAGAGGGGAAGUGACUGGGUCCAAACGAGUUUUAAUCAUUCAGUUCAAUUUAAUUACGUCAAGUUUGUGUGUGAGCGAAAGUUAUUUUAACAUAUUUCAUUUCAAUUUUAGCUUUUAAUACUGUCAUGAUCUCUUAGUGAUAUUACAUAAAACCAUUUUUUUGUUUGUUUUUUUUUUGUUAGAUCAUUUCAGCCUAAAAGGAUCGUCAUCGUGUCUCACAAUAAGUGUGAAAAUGAAAAAACACAAACCACUCAGAACAUGUUAAAGUCGCUGUGCUGCCCUCUAGCAUGAAAGCUCCAGACUGGCAGCACAUUUCUGCUGAAGGGAUCCUGCAGCACUUCUCCAUAAAACUUAAAUUUUUUUUUUCUUUAUGAAAUGAAACAAAUCAGGUCAAACUGAAAAUCACUUGAAACAACACUUUAAUAUUAUGGUAGGUGUUUAUCUGUGAAGAUGACAUUUAAUUUCUUUGUGUCUGCAGUGGUUGGGUCCGUAGACAGAGGGAGAAUUAUUUUGAUAAUGGGAGCUUUUCAUGUCAAUGAAAUAGGGAAAAUCAAGGGCAUUAAUAUGUCGAAAGCUUCCACAGACAUGUCCGCUUAAGUCAUGAAAUUCUUUAUCUUAACCGAAUGGACUGAAGGUUCGCCCUACUUUGGUUUUUGAUGUUAUCAAGAAGCAAGAACUCAGUAUUUUUCAUCUUAGUUUGCCUACUUACCUAUGUACCACUUUGUUUUUAAUAAUUUGUCUCCUAAUUCAAUCUACCUCAGUUUCUACUCCAUGCAAGUUACAUUUACUCAUCCACUCAACAGUGUGGUCGUUUUCCAUGUUUAACAUUAAUUUCACAUCUGGGGCAGUUCAAGAGUAAUGAGUUAUUUUUGUUAAAUACACUGACUCUGAAAUGUGACUGAGGUUCUUCGUCCACAGACAGAGUAGUUUUUAUCAUGGGAGAAACUUUCUGCUUCUGGAUGUAUUAUUGUCUGAUUACCAUCCAUUCAGCAGGAGAUGGAGAUUAAUAGUGUGGUAACAAUGCAUACUGUAACACCAAAAGGACCUUGUUCUAAUAUUGUUGAAAUUGUCAUGUCUGUGCAAUAUGUUUUCUUUUUAUGAAGUGAGAUAAGGUGGGAUGCUCUGUCAGAGGCGUAGUUGGGAAUGAUGGCUCAUCAGCCUUGAUAAUGUCAUUUCAGCAUUUAUGUGUGAUCACUGGGAAUUCAUUAAUCACUUAUUAAGUUUUUUUUUUUUAAUUAAUCACAUCGUUCGAGGAUUUAUUUUUACAUACUGAGGAGUUUUAAUAAGUUAGACUCAAAUGUAUUUUUGUUAUUUUUGCCAGUGCCUGGUUAAAAUACUUAUUCAUCCCUGAUAAUGAUUUAAUCAUCUAUUCGAUCAGUCUGAAAUACAAGGAUCAUAGUGGCUUUUAGCAAUGAGUCACUUAACUUAGAAAGUUUUGUUGGUUUAAUGGCCACAAAGAUUGUUUUAAAUAAAGACUUGUACAAUAAAUUUUUCUCUUAAGCAGUAACAUUUAUUCUCCCAUUACACAGGAAAUAUAAAAGCCUGUCUUUUAUUCCUGUUUGGGGACAACUUGUUGCAAUUAGUGUUUGGAUUCAAGAUGACUUUUUUUUCCCCAGAGUGAUGAGUGAUUGGCUUCGUAAUAACUUUAGGUUUAACAUUAAGUCCUUUUUAGAUUUUAUUUUAAAAGCACUGGAUCUAAGAUCUGUUUUGACAUUCGCCCUGUCAUGUUCAAGACAUGGCUCUGAAUGUAUCAUAUUAAAGUAUUAAUAGAUUUCUGUAAUAAAUGCCCUGAUUCUAA